AUGGCGCCUCCUGCCAUCCCCAGCACACAUCGCUCGCUCGCGGCCGGGGCUCAGCCGUCGCAGGGCUGCCCCGGGUUGGCGGGACCGCUGGUUGGGUGGGUGGCGAGGAGCCCUAAUGCCGUGGAGGGGAGGGGAGGCCGCCCACCGCCGGGACCAACGGUCGUGCUCCCAGCGCUCCGCGCCCAGCUGGGCAUGAGCACCCGCGACGUGCCACGCCGAGAUCGACCGAAUUGCGUUUUCUCUCAAGUCACGGCACAGCCACUGGCCGAGGAAAGAGUGCGUGGCGAGUACUCCGUACCGAGCACACCUAACUGCCCGUGCAUGUACUCCGUACUGUACUCACUCAUCGCCGAAGCCACCCACACAGCGCUCCCUAUCCGGGCUUGCACCUACACAGGCUGGAAUGGCGGCGCAAGGGGCGUGCUCGCGGCCGCGCAAAAUGACACCCGCGCCGCCGGUCCAGCUCGAUCAUCAGCCAGCCCGAGCGACUGGAACGAUGGCCGUUGGCUUGAUGCUGCCCCGCGAGUGGCUGUCUCUCGAGCCGUUGCUUUUGUCCCCUCGGGGAAAUGCUGCCUUUCCCUUUCGGGUCCCCGUCGGCGGACGGAAGGGGAAAGCGAAUGCAGCGGCGAGCCAAGGGAGCCGACGGCUGAUGAAGAUGCCGCCGCGAGGAGCGAGCGGCCAGCGCGAACCCCCCGAGCCUGGGCCCCGUGUUGGCUCGUCGACGCAUACAAGUAUUACGUGCUGCGUGGCCAGAUGCGGCGCCCGCACCAACCGACCGACUGGGGAUUCCUCUGCUCUGCGUGCGGCACCUGCUACGCCUGCUGCCUAGGUGUACCUUGCAUGCGCAUGCAGCGGCACACCGUGGCUGCCAGUUCAGCUUUCCGCAGCUUGCCAGCGCACUCUCCGUCGCCGCCGAGGUGGGUGGAAAGGUCAUCAUGUUCCUCCAAAGCCGCUGGCGCCCCGAGCCCCUCCAUGCCCUUGCUUUUGGAGAGUGCGAGCGUUUGCAAGGUCGAAGAGGGAGGGGGGCAAGGCGGGCGGCACUGGCAGCAGCCGUUGCUGACGGGCGUGGGUGCGUUGCGUCACAAGCGCUACGGGAACGGGCGAACGCAGGGCAACGCUGCGCCGUACCCACCGACGCCCAGCAAGUAUUACGCUGUGCAGCACCGUUUCUUUUCCCGCCAAAAGUUGCUUCCCUCACCACCGACGUUGGGACGAUGCUUGCCCGGCGACAGCGACAGGCGCCUGCAUUUCCACUUUCUGCACCUCGACAAGGGCACGCACUGCCUUGGCAUGGUCGGCAUCUCCAUGCGCUCCGUGCUUGCUCCGUACUGGCCGGUCAGUUCUCGCAUAUUCGGAGAGAGGCGACACGGGGUCCAGCUGGACCGGGUACAACCAACCCCUGGGCACAUAACUGGCACCCAGCAGCAGCGCAAUGGCUACUGGGUACCUAGUAGUCUUGCCCGCGAGCUCUCGUACGACGACGACGACGACGACGACGACGACGACGACGACGAAUACGUGGGCGAGUCUUGCGCCUAG